AUAAAAUCGAAAUGCUUAUGUACAACUUAACUUAUUAACGAAUAAACUGGUUCUCUACAAGAGCUAGUUCUCCUGUCGCAAAAACAAUGAUAUUAAGGACAAGCCUUAACAGCCUUUUUAGGAGCCAGAUAAGUAAUGAAACAAAGAGAACUAUAGUAUCGAAAGUCAGAAGACAAGAUGGAUUGCUUCGUCCAAAACAACAGCCAGAUAACCCUUUAAUAUUUGAAAGGUCGGUGCAGAAUAGAGACUUGAUUUGGUUUGGAGUUUGGACGCUCUGUUUCUUUGAAGCUGUUUACCUUGCCAAAAGAUGGUAUGCGAGAUACACAAGCAAUGAAAAGUACAUCAGGGCAAGAUUUCCCUCCUUUGUCAUUAGCACGGAAUUCUAAAGAACAUGUAGAGAUCUAAAGAACAUUCUUAAUUCAUCUAAAGAACAGAUGAACUAAGUUACAUAUAUGUGUAUUAUUCCUUUUAAUGAAAUAAAAUAAAAUGAAAUUAUGAUUUUACUGAGUGCAACUUAAAUUGAUGUACAUUUUAUCAAAUAAGAGUGUUUAUAUCAUUAAUUAUUUCUUUAACCAGGGGUUUUCGGUCCUCUCUACUCCUCAUUUUCACUAAUUGAUCAGAUUUGAAGCAGCUUUUAUAAAGUCUACUAAUAAAUGUAUAGCAUUUGUUCAUAUUUUUAGCAACAUAAAAACAAUAUCUGACAGUAAAUGUACUGAAAAUUGGCAAGAAAUUACAUCUUUAAGAUCGACAUCUCCUGAAAUGAAGAUUAUGAAAAACAAUUUAUUGAUUAAAGAUCAAUAUAUACCUUUUACAGACUUAAAACUAAAACUUAUUGUGUUUGAAGACAAUGUUAAAUGUACAUGUGUAUUACAGAAAAUUAAUGGUUAAUGUCAUACUAAUUCAUUGAAUGAAAAUGGGUAUAUAAAUAAAUACCCUUCCCUCAAUCCUCAACAAUAGAAAGAGGGUCUAUUUAUAUUUAUUUCAUAUGCAAUGUUCAUUUAUUCAAAGGGGAUUCUGAUGUACAAAGGAUGUUUUCUUUUGAGAAUCUCUCUCUCUCUCUUUCCUCUCUCUCUCGAUCGAUCGAUCGAUCGAUCGAGAAAAAAGAUGGCUUUAUUCUGCCUAUCCCGCCCUUGAUAAUAUGUAUUCCUAAAAUACAUGGACAAUGUAUCACCAUGAAGAAUUAUGCAAUAUAUUUAUUCCAAAAAAAAAAUCGACAUUCCCCUGCCAAUGAAGAGACCGUGCCCAACAAAUAUAGAACAAUUACUGUGCGAACAGACACAAGGGUCCUCUUCAUUUAGCACGAGUUCUCGUCAUUUAGCACGAGUCGGUCAGCGCCGAUCUUCGGCCCCAUGACAGGUGCUUCAUUCAUAUUCUGGCGUCAGAACCCUCCCCAAUAAAAAGGACAGCCCCGGCCGCUGAGUCUUUCCCUCGGAGAGACUCUGGUUGGUUGCCAUGUUUUCUUGUUCAGACGCCAUAGGGGUACAUUUAGUCCAUGAUGAAUUGUGACCUGUGCAUUCUCUUGUCCUACAUGCUGCGCAUGCUCUGUCAGUAUGACACAAAGCUUGCCGAGCAACCGGGAAAUAAAGGACUUGUCACAGUCGACCAGCGAUCUUUGCUGACUCUGCAGAAAACCACCACCAAGGCCCAACAAAAUUACAAAUGGAGCUAUGGGGGAGAAACAGGGCCGGAUCACUGGGCUAAGAAUUUUCCGCAAUGUGGUGGCAAACGGCAGUCGCCCAUCAACAUCAUGACGUCACGCCUUCACCAUGUUACAUGGCUGCCUCAAUUCGAGUUCAUCAACUAUGACAAAUUAAGCGGCGAUGGAAUGACCCCAGCCUUCCUGCACCUUAGAAACAAUGGGCACACUGCAAGCAUGACCAUUGACGACGACGUGUACCUGCGUGGUUCUAACCUCGGGGAGCUUUACCGUGCGGUAGAAAUCCACUUCCACUGGGGCCCUGACAACGGGGUCGGUUCAGAACACAUCCUUGACGACCAUCGACAUCCUCUUGAGGUGCACAUUGUCCAUUAUAACACCAAGUACAGGACACUGUCUCAUGCCAAACAACAACCUGACGGACUGGCCGUGAUAGGGGUCUUUGCUGAUAUUUCCGAGGAAAAAAACCAUGCUUUCGAGUUGAUUGCUAUGGCCCUUGAUCAAGUGACUGAAUACAAUCAGCGAACCAUUGUUACGGGAAUACGACCAAUUGAUAUGCUUCCUAAUGACACGUCCAUGUACUACCAUUAUGCCGGAAGCUUGACCACGCCCCCUUGUUAUGAGUCUGUAUCGUGGUACAUCAUGCACGAAGGAAUUAAAAUCACACAAGACCAAAUAAAUAGGCUCCGCCAUCUGAAAGAACAUGUGGAUGAGGACCAUAAGCCACAUGGACCCCUACCACCACAAAGACCGGCCGUGGAAGAUCUAAAAGUCAACAUCACUCAUAACAACACCAUACAUGCACUAUCCAAUCCCGACCACCAUACGAACAAGGCGAAUCAUUACAUCCGGUACAAUUACAGACCAAGUCAGCCAUUGUACGAACGAAAGGUGUACUGUAGCCAUCCAUCAAUGGUCAAACACACGUCUUAUUUCCCAGAAUUCUCAGUUGGUGACAUUGCUGUCAACCAUCACGUUUCUAAUCUGGGCGACCAUGACCUUUCAAAAGCCUUGCUGCAGGACACUGGGUCUGGUUUCCAUCACGCCAUCGGAUCCUCUCUCUCCAGUCAUCCACAUGAUGGUCAUUCUUCGAGAUCCACACUUAAUAUCCACUCACAUGGUAGUGAUCUUCCACCGCAAAAAGUGGAGAUCGACUUUAAUGGCCGCAAAUCGAAGCAGCAAAGAAUCACGGACGCUUUGCAUGGCCAUUCAGACGAAUUUUUAAACAAAGUUCUUCCGAAGAACUUGAAGGUUAUCUUGACCAGAAACCACAUUCCCAAUUUUGAACACAAGUUAGAACAAUCAGACAUUUACAAAAUAUUUGGCAAUAUCUUUCUCAGACAAGCUCAGAUUCUUUCCGCUCAAAAGACAAUCGAAAAAAGCUCAAAGGUAGAUACAAAGCUUUUCGCUGAACCUGAGAUGAAAGAGUAUACAAACCCAGCGUAUAAAAUAAACAAAAUUCAGCAUGACAUUAAACAACGGACAGAACAACAUAACAUCCACUCAAAGAACAAACCUCAACAGCAAGGGAGUCAAAAUUCUUCAAAACACCUGGCAUUCAGACCUAAACAACAGGUAAUCUCGAAACCGUUUGAUGAAGAUUUACCAAAACCUCAUAACCAAAAUGCAAUCAAACACCACCAGCAAGAUGCACAAAAUAUAAUAAGACACGUAGACAACGCGGCUAACCAACCAGCCAAGGAAAGAUUAUCCGACUAUAAAAUGGUGAAUAGCAACAAAAAAUCAAGCACUUCUUUUAACCUUUCCGGCGAGCGUCCGAAUACUUACAGCGCAAGAAAACGCGGUAAGUUGGGUACCGGUGGGUUCCACUUUUCCGCGCGUAAACCUUCGUAUCAACAGCAUAGCGGAGAAAUUUCCAGAAAUUACCCACCGAGUUCCUUAAUCGAAAAGAAAAAAUCAAUCAGAUUCAUUUCGAAACCUUAUGCAAAACAUUACAGAAGCUCAGCAUCAGUGGAAAAAUCAAAAACAAAGGUUGAUGUUCCUACUAAGAACUCUGAAAAUGGUAUCUUGCAUCUUAUUUCCCAAAACAGUUUUGAUGUUUUAGAGAGUGAAACUAGUCUUAAGACACGGAAAGCUCUAGCUGCGUUUGUCACAUCAGCACCCAAAGUAUCAGGUAGUCCUGGAUUUAGCACCAAACGUACAUCUAGCGUCCUUCUAGAAACACUGGGGCUAGAAAAACAAGCGCCAUUUGAAGAAACCGUCAAUCUCACGACUGAGACCGCUGCUGAAAGAGAGAGGACCACACAAACCACUACAAACGUAGACAUGACAUCGUUCUCAACUUCUCCGACAACUCAAUCUCCUGAAAUAGUCACAUCAGCGAUACCGCCGGAAUCAUACGAACCAGUCAGAACAACGCUCGGAAACGAGAAGGUUCGCUUUCCGAUCCAAAGGGAGAGAAACGCACCCUCCAUUCCAAUCCGCAGUAUGUUGGAUGGAUACAAAAUGCUUCCGAUGUUAACAAAUCCGUCACCAUCGAAAGACCAAAAGCCAUAUCUACCAUUAUGAAAGCCAUUUUUUCACUCCUACUAUCAAAGGAACGUAAAAUAAAAUGAACAGUUUUUCCCCCAACGAGGCCUCUUUUGACAAAAUGGCGGAAUCGUACUUUGAAGAGGAAGCAUGGAGAAAAAAAAACCCAUCGGCUAUCCAGCAUUCACAAUGUUUAUCAAUCGUGAUUAUAGUCCCAAAUGUCGGAUGCUAAUGUAUGAGGGCAGCGGAAGAGUAUUAUCGUUUUUUUUACUAUGUUAGCUUUACUUUUAUCCAUGAACAUAAGGAUGAUGUUCAAAACCAUUUUUCAUAAACCAGAGAAAUGUAUUUUGUAUUUUCAAUGCAACUCGAUUGAUUAACGUAUGAAGUAUUUGUGUUUUUUGGUGAUGACAUAU